ACAAAAUGUGGAAAAAUUCUAGGGGUCUAAAUACUUUCCCAAUGCACUGUAUAUGAAACACAGGGAAUUCAUGUUUUUGACUGCACUGGGCCUUUAAAAUGUUGAGCUCCACCUCUUCCUUACCCCUCACAUUCGACACAUAUACCCCCCAACACACACACACACACACACACACACACACACACACACACACACACACACACACACACACACACACACACACACACACACACACACACAUACACACACAUACAGAUUGAAGCAUCCCACUUGCUGACAGCCUCCGUAAUGUCAGCCCCGGCCUCCCUGGCUAUCGCCAAAACCUUCUGGCCAGAGACAGAGACCCCCAAAGUCACAGCCAAGAAAGGCCUCAAACUGGAGACAGGGGAGGGCAGUAACCUGCUGGAGGCAGCGUCUCGCGGAGCGUCCUCCUCUAUUGUCCUGGUGGACAACAUCGCUGUCAACCUCAUUGCCUUCCUGGCCCUGCUCGCUUUCCUCAAUGCCGCUCUGUCAUGGCUGGGCAACAUGUUCAACUACCCCCAGCUCAGCUUCUCUAUCAUCUGCUCGUACGUAUUCAUGCCUUUCUCCUUCCUGAUGGGUGUGGCCUUGGAGGACAGCUUCAUGGUGGGUGAGCUGAUUGGCUACAAGACCUUCUUCAAUGAGUUUGUGGCCUAUGAGAGGUUGGCAAAACUCAUCAAGAGGAGAGAGGACAGAGGCCCAGAGUACGUGGAUGACGUUAAGCAGUACCUAUCUGUCCACUCUGAAACCAUAGUGACGUAUGCUCUAUGUGGCUUCGCGAACAUCAGCUCUGUGGGUGUGAUGAUCGGAGGCCUCUCGGCUAUGGCCCCAGAGCGGAGGGGUGAUAUUUCCAGGUGUGCCAUCAGAGCUCUUAUCUCAGGCACGGUGGCAUGCUUCAUGACAGCGUGCAUCGCAGGUAUGUUGUAUAUCCCAGAGCUGCUGUGUGAAGACUUCCUGAAGGAAGAGUUCAACUCCACAUUAGUCAUUAACAGCACUCAGCUCCUCACCUGCUGUACUGAGCUCUACCACAGGUCGGUGGUUCCUGGUCCCCCAUCAACUUGGGAAACGAAGAUCUGAUGGACCCCCUCGCAAUGUCAUCCUGCGCUUCACUAUGCGCCACCACAGGGACACCAUCUGGAAAAUGGCCAAGGGCAACAAGUUUCUGGACGAGAAGAAGCUCCGCAUCAAAGAGGCUCUGAUACCGCAGGAUCGGACAGCCAAGGAGAAACUGUGGCCGCUUAUAUAGAAGGCAUGACAAGAGGGAAAGCAGGCUGGGUUCAAGGGCCCAAACGCGUUCUUCGAAGGAAGAAAGAUUACUGGUUACUGAUUACUGAUGACAUGAACCACACUUGAACUGUGAGUACUGCCAAGAGUACAUUUACUGUACUGCCAUGGGUAAAUUUACAGUUUGAAAUACAAUUGAUGAACACUUGCCAACUAAAAAAUUGAAAAAAGGGAUUUGUUAUCCUGUUAACCACCGCUACAUCAGCUGAGCAUUGUUGAGCACUGUCAAGGUUCACUGUUUUAUUGUUCACAUUACUACAUAUGUUAUCUAGUUUGUGUCUUUCUUUUUUUAAUGCAGGAGUUUGUUUUCAACUCACUCAAUAUCGUUAGUCUGAAUGCUAGGGGUUUGAGAGAUCUUACAAAAAGAAAAGUCUUAUUUUUACAUUGUAAACACAGUAACUUUCAUGCCCUGACCUUAGAGCCUUUUAAUGUCUCUAUUUGGUUUGGUCAGGGUGUGAUUUUGGGUGGGCAUUAUAUGUUCUGUUGUCUAUGUUUUUGUAUUUCUAUGGUUCUCAAUCAGGGACAGCUGUCUAUCGUUGUAUCUGAUUGGGAAUCAUACUUAGGCAGCCUUUUCCCCUUUUGUCAUUGUGGGAAGU